AUGCAAAAACUUGAGGCCGGAGUAAUAAUUUUCCGGCCAACAAUCAAAACUUUUUUCUAUAUCAUUUUGCCAAUGUCUUCAGAAUCACCUAUUCCAGAACCACCAUAUCCUCAAGAUCCUACUCCACCUAUUACACUUGUUUUAACCAUACUUCUCUUAGUCAUGUUCUUUGUAGGUUUCUUUUCCAUAUAUUUUUGUAGAUGCUUUUUAGAAAACAUUGUCAAUUCUUUAAAUAAUAGACAAACUCCUAAUGGAACACCUAUUAAUCCAACAAGUCUAUCUCAUCCUGGCCUUGAUUCCAACAUUGUAGACUCAUUCCCUACUUUUACAUACUCAAGUGUAAAAGAUUAUGACAAGUAUGGUCUCGAAUGUGCAAUAUGUUUAUGUGAGUUUGAUGAUAAUCAUGUUCUUAGAUUCUUAACUACUUGUUGCCAUGUCUUCCAUAAACAGUGUAUUGAUCUUUGGUUUGCGUCAAAUAAAUCAUGUCCAGUUUGUCGGAGAAAUCUCGAUGCACUAGAUAUCAAGCGAUCAUCAGAGAAAAUUCCUAACAUCGUCGUCGAUAGUAGCACAACUACUAGUACUAUGAACAACAAUGGAGGUGAUCAUGAAAUUGCGAAUGGAAACAAUAAUUCAACAGAUGAUGCUAUUACUAUUGUGAUUGAGGAGGAUAAUGUAAGGCAUGAAAACGAGGCAAUUAUCACUAGUGAAGGGUUAUCUUAUAAUAAAGAAAAUGGGAAAUAUUGUCCAUACAUGAAUGAGAAGUUUCCAAGAUCACAUUCUACAGGACAUUCUAUAUUAAGGAAUAGAGCAAAACAAGAUGAUGAUAAGUAUACAUUGAAGUUACCAGAGCAUAUCAAAGAAACUAUCACGAGAAGACAUUUUGUUACAUUAAGUUGUACAACAUUUGGAGAAUAUUCAAAUAAUUCAACGAGAAUGCAUGAAGGUUUUGGAGAGAUUUCUAGUUGUGCUACAAAAGAAGAUGCCAACAAAGUAUAAUAAGUUAUCUUCUCUCUUUUUCCCACUUAACU